CGUUCACGAUGUUCAGUGUUGCGUUGUACGUAGAUGGUGACGGUUCGUCGAAGGAAGACGUACGACUGGUUAAGAACGUAAUUACCAUUUGCGAGGGGUGAUAAAGAAAAUUGAAGGGCUGCAAUCGGACAUUAUGGCGAAUUUGAGGCAGACACCGCUGACGUGUAGUGGACACACUAGACCCGUAGUGCAUCUUGCAUUUUCCGAUGUCACGGACACUGGAUAUUACUUGAUAUCGGCAUGCAAAGAUGGCAAACCUAUGUUACGACAAGGAGACACUGGAGAUUGGAUUGGAACAUUUGAAGGACAUAAAGGAGCAGUGUGGGGUGUUGCACUGAAUCCUGAUGCUACAAGAGCUGCUUCGGGCGCUGCUGAUUUUAAUGCUAAAGUCUGGGAUGCAAUUAAAGGAGAAGAAAUUUAUUCCUUUCAACAUAAGCAUAUAGUCAAGUCCGUUAACUUUAGUACCGAUUCCAAUUAUUUGUGUACCGGAUCCAACGAAAAACUUGUACGGAUUUAUGAUCUUAACAAGCCAGAUGCAGCACCUCAGGUUUUCUCAGGUCACAAACAUGGUAUAAGGCAUGUUACCUUUUUCAAUAAUAACACUCAAUUAAUUACUUGUGCCGAUGACAAAACAUUGAGAGUCUGGGAUAGAAAUAGCAGUCAAGAAAUAAAGAGGCUAGACUUUUCAUCUAUUCCAAAUUCAAUGGAGUUGUCGAAGGAUGGAACUAUCAUCACAACUACUCAUUCCAAUAUAGUGACCUUCUGGAAUAGUAAAGACUUAACGAAAAUACGUGAAUAUGUUGUGCCAACACAAAUGAACAGUGCUAGUUUGCAUCCAGAUUGCAGUAUUUUUGUAUGUGGAGGAGAAGAUUUAAAAAUGUACAAAUUCGAUUAUAGUACAGGUACAGAAAUUGAGUCUUUCAAAGGACACUUUGGACCUAUACAUUGUGUACGUUUUUCACCAGACAGUGAAUUAUAUGCAAGUGGCUCGGAAGACGGUACUUUGAGAUUAUGGCAAACGACAGUUGGUAAAACUUAUGGUCUCUGGCGAUGUAUAGAGCAAUCAUCUAUGGUACAAGAAAAUGCUGCAGUGAUUAAUAAUAAACAAGAAGUUCCUGCGAGUUAAAAAUUGAACAAUUCAUGGAUAGUGUAAAGUAUUUUGACAUUGGAGAAUAGACACUUUAUGAGCAAAAGUGAUGGUAAGACAGCAAAGGACUAGAGUUGAAAUUUUAUUUUACUAGCUGGUAGCUGCCGAAACGUUUUGUAAAUAUUGGAUCUCUCUUAAGCAAGUUCCAAUCCAAUUCAGCCUAUUGAAACGUGAUACUCCGAAGAAGACUAAAAUGCGGACCAAACUUCACGGUAGUCUGAUAGGUCAUGGAAGUGUGGAACGCCAUUCAAUAUUUAUUAUAAAGAAGAAAAAAAAAAGAAACAUUAACAUUUAUUAACGUUAUACAUGCCAUUAUUAUACUACAAAAUUAGAUAGAGGAUGUAAUGACAGAAAGAAAGACAAUUCAAAAUGAAAUUUUGUGUUCGCAUUUGUUAUUUUGCGUAAUAAUUACUGUACAAAUAUAAAAACGAUUCACCUAGUA